UCCACGCCGGACACGAUGCGGCUGCCUGGCCCCAGCGGCCGCCGCCCCCUCCUGCUGGUGCUGCUGCUGUCUCUCCUUGCAGCCGCCGCCGCCGCCGCCCCCGCCGCCGGCCCCAGCCCCAGCCAGGCCGUCGAGGUUGCGGUGAUCCCGGGCCGCCCGGCCGGUGUUACUGCUUGUCGCUGCUGCCCAGGCCGAUCGCCCAGGAGGAGCCGCUGCUUCAGAGCCUCCUGCAGGGUCCAGAGCUGCCGGCCCGAAAAGUGUGCAGGCCCUCAGUGGUGCCUGACUCCAGUGCCCCCAGAGCUGUCAAGCCCCAGCCCCAGCGUGAGGAAGAAACAGGUGUCCCUUAACUGGCAGCCACUGACGCUGCAGGAAGCCCGAGCUCUUCUGAGGCGACGGCGGCCCCGCGGACCGGGGGCCCGGGCAUUGCUGAGAAGGAGGCCCCCACAGCGCGCCCCUGCCGGCCAGUCCCGGGUCCUGUGUCCCUUGAUCUGUCACAACGGAGGUGUGUGCGUGAAGCCUGACCGCUGCCUCUGUCCCCCGGACUUCGCUGGCAAGUUCUGCCAGUUGCACUCAUCGGGCGCCCGGCCCCCGGCCCCGGCCAUGCCAGGCUUCACCCGCUCUGUGUACACCAUGCCGCUGGCCAACCACCGUGACGAUGAGCAUGGCGUGGCAUCUAUGGUGAGCGUCCACGUGGAGCACCCGCAGGAAGCGUCGGUGGUGGUGCACCAGGUGGAGCGUGUGUCCGGCCCUUGGGAGGAGGCGGACGCCGAGGCAGUGGCGCGGGCGGAGGCGGCGGCUCGGGCGGAGGCGGCAGCUCCCUACACGGUGCUGGCACAGAGCGCGCCGCGCGAGGACGGCUACUCGGACGCCUCGGGCUUCGGUUACUGCUUUCGGGAGCUGCGCGGAGGCGAAUGUGCGUCCCCGCUGCCCGGGCUCCGGACGCAGGAGGUCUGCUGCAGAGGGGCCGGCUUGGCCUGGGGCGUUCACGACUGUCAGUCGUGCUCGGAGCUCCUGGGUAACUCCGACCAAGUGGGCGUCCCAGAUGGACCGUGUCCAGCUGGCUUUGAAAGGGUUAAUGGGUCCUGCGAAGAUGUGGAUGAGUGCGAGACUGGCGGGCGCUGCCAGCACGGGGAGUGUGCGAACACGCAUGGCGGAUACACCUGCGUGUGCCCCGACGGCUUUCUACUUGACUCGUCCCGCAGCAGCUGCAUCUCCCAACACGUGAUCUCAGAGGCCAAGGGGCCCUGCUUCCGCGUGCUCCGCGACGGCGGCUGCUCGCUGCCCAUCCUACGCAACAUCACCAAACAGAUCUGCUGCUGCAGCCGCGUAGGCAAAGCCUGGGGCCGGGGUUGCCAGCUCUGCCCACCCUUUGGCUCAGAGGGUUUUCGGGAGAUCUGCCCAGCUGGCCCUGGCUACCAUUACUCGGCCUCUGACCUCCGCUACAACACCAGACCUCUGGGCCAGGAACCACCCCGAGUGUCCCUCAGCCAGCCCCGUGCCCCAUCCUCCACCUCUCGGCCACGCACAGGCUUUCUGCCCACUCAUCGCCCAGAACCCCGGCCUGAGCCACGGCUAGAACCCCGGCCAGAGCCCCGUCCGGGCCCUGAGCUUCCCCUGCCCAGCAUCCCUGCCUGGACUGGUCCGGAGAUCCCUGAAUCAGGUCCCUCUGCAGGCGAGUGUCAACGUAAUCCCCAGGUCUGCGGCCCGGGACGCUGCAUUCCCCGGCCCAGUGGCUACACCUGCGCGUGCGACUCCGGUUUCCGGCUCAGCCCGCAGGGCAUGCGCUGCAUUGACGUGGACGAAUGUCGCCGCAUUCCCACGCCUUGUGCUCCCGGGCGCUGCGAAAACACGCCAGGCAGCUUCCGUUGCGUGUGCGGGCCGGGCUUCCGAGCUGGCCCGCGGGGUGCGGAGUGUCUGGACGUGGACGAGUGCCACCGCGUGCCGCCACCCUGUGACCGUGGGCGCUGCGAGAACACGCCAGGCAGCUUCCUGUGCGUGUGCCCCGCUGGGUACCAGGCUGCGCCCCACGGAGCCAGCUGCCAGGAUGUGGAUGAAUGCAUCCAGAGCCCAGGCCUGUGUGGCCGAGGGGUCUGCGAGAACCUGGCUGGCUCUUUCCACUGUGUGUGCCCGGCUGGCUUCCGGGGCUCAGCGUGUGAAGAGGAUGUGGAUGAGUGUGCCCAGGAGCCACCACCCUGUGGGCCAGGCCGUUGUGACAACACAGCAGGCUCCUUUCACUGUGCCUGCCCUGCUGGCUUCCACUCCCGUGGGCCGGGGGCCCCCUGCCAAGAUGUGGAUGAGUGUGCCCGUAGCCCCCCGCCCUGCACCUACGGCCGGUGUGAGAACACAGAAGGCAGCUUCCAGUGCGUCUGCCCCACGGGCUUCCAACCCAGUGCUGCCGGCUCUGAGUGCGAGGAUGUGGAUGAGUGUCAGAACCACCUGGCAUGUCCUGGGCAGGAGUGCGUGAACUCACCGGGCUCCUUCCAGUGCAGGGCCUGUCCUGCUGGUCACCACCUGCACCAUGGCCGAUGUACUGAUGUGGACGAAUGCCGUUCGGGCGCCUCCUGCGGCCCCCACGGCCACUGCACUAACACUGAAGGCUCCUUCCGCUGCACCUGCGCGCCAGGCUACCGGGCACCACCUGCUCGGCCCGGGCCCUGCGCAGACGUGAACGAGUGCCUGGAGGGCGACUUUUGCUUCCCCAACGGCGAGUGCCUCAACACCGACGGCUCCUUUGCCUGCACUUGUGCUCCCGGUUACCGGCCCGGACCUCGCGGAGCCUCUUGCCUCGACGUGGACGAAUGCAGCGAGGAGGACCUCUGCCAGAGCGGCAUCUGUACCAACACCGACGGCUCUUUCGAGUGCGUCUGUCCUCCAGGACACCGCGCUGGCCCAGACCUCGCCUCCUGCCUCGACGUGGACGAAUGUCGGGAGCGGGGCCCGGCCUUGUGCGGGUCCCAGCGUUGUGAGAAUUCCCCCGGCUCCUACCGCUGUGUCCGCGACUGCGACCCUGGCUACCACGCAGGCCCUGAGGGCACCUGUGACGACGUGGAUGAGUGCCAGGAAUAUGGCCCAGGGAUUUGUGGAGCCCAGCGCUGUGAGAAUACCCCUGGCUCCUACCGCUGCACACCGGCCUGUGACCCUGGCUACCAGCCCACCCCAGGGGGCGGAUGCCAGGAUGUGGACGAAUGCCGGAACCGGUCCUUCUGCGGGGCCCAUGCCAUGUGCCAGAACCUGCCUGGCUCCUUCCAGUGCCUCUGUGACCAGGGCUACGAGGGGGCGCGGGACGGGCGUCACUGCGUGGAUGUGAAUGAAUGUGAAACGCUACAGGGUGUGUGUGGAGCUGCCCUGUGUGAGAAUGUGGAAGGCUCCUUCCUCUGUGUCUGCCCCAACAGCCCUGAGGAGUUUGACCCCAUGACUGGGCGCUGUGUUCCCCCUCGGACGUCUGCUGGCUCAGCCCACACUGUCUCCUCAGGCACGUUCCCGGGCCCCCAGCCCCACGUACCCGCCAGCCCCAGUCUGCCAGCCAGGCUCCCACCACCCCCGUCCCGCCGGCCCAGCCCACCUAGGCAGGGCCCUGUGGGCAGCGGGCGCCGGGAGUGCUACUUUGACACGGCAGCUCCGGAUGCAUGUGACAACAUCCUGGCUCGGAACGUGACGUGGCAGGAGUGCUGCUGCACUGUGGGUGAGGGCUGGGGCAGCGGCUGCCGCAUCCAGCAGUGCCCAAGCACCGAGACAGCUGAGUACCAGUCAUUGUGUCCCCACGGCCGGGGCUACCUGGCGCCCAGCGGAGACCCGAGCCUCCGGAGAGACGUGGACGAGUGCCAGCUCUUCCGAGACCAGGUGUGCAAGAGCGGCGUGUGCGUGAACACGGCCCCAGGCUACUCAUGUUAUUGCAGCAAUGGCUACUACUAUCAUGCCCAGCGCCUGGAGUGCAUCGAUAACGACGAGUGCGCGGACGAGGAGCCAGCCUGUGAGGGCGGCCGCUGCGUCAAUACCAUAGGCUCUUAUCACUGCACGUGCGAGCCCCCACUUGUGCUGGACGGCUCGGGGCGCCGCUGCGUCUCCAACGAGAGCCAGAGCCUCGACGACAAUCUGGGAGUGUGCUGGCAGGAAGUGGGGGCUGACCUCGUGUGCAGUCGCCCUCGGCUGGAUCGCCAGGCCACCUACACAGAGUGCUGCUGCCUCUAUGGCGAAGCCUGGGGCAUGGACUGUGCCCUCUGCCCAGCGCAGGACUCAGAUGACUUUGAGGCCCUGUGCAAUGUGCUGCGCCCCCCCGCAUAUGGACCCCCGCGGCCAGGUGGCUUUGGACUCCCCUACGAGUAUGGCCCAGACCUAAGUUCACCUUACCAGGGCCUUCCGUACGGGCCUGAGUUGUACCUGCCACCCGUCCUACCCUAUGACCCCUACCCACCUCCACCCGGGCCCUUCGCGCGCCGGGAGGCCCCCUACGGGACGCCACCCUUCGACAUGCCGGACUUUGAGGACGAUGGUGGCCCCUACGGUGAAUCCGAGGCUCCUGCUCCACCCGGCCCGGGCUCCCGCUGGCGCUAUCGGUCCCGCGACACCCGUGGCUCCGUCCCAGAGCCUGAGGAGUCGCCUGAAGGUGGAAGCUAUGCUGGCGCCCAGGCUGGGCCCUACGAAGGGCUGGAGGCGGAGGAGUGCGGGAUCCUGGACGGCUGCGCCCACGGCCGAUGUGUGCGUGUCCCCGAGGGCUUCACCUGCGACUGCUUCGACGGCUACCGCCUGGACAUGACCCGCAUGGCCUGCGUCGACAUCAACGAGUGUGACGAGGCCGAGGCGGCCGCCCAGCUCUGCAUCAACGCGCGCUGCGUCAACACGGAUGGCUCGUUCCGCUGCAUCUGCCGCCCAGGAUUCGCACCCUCGCACGAGCCGCACCACUGCACGCCCGCCAGGCCCCGGGCCUGAGCCCCAGCGUCCCUGGACCGCCCACUCCGCGCCUGCGCACUCGGGGUCCCUGCUGCACACACCCUCCCUCCUGCUUUCGCGCAUGCGCACAGGGAUGCCAGACCCGGAGGAGAGGACGGUCGGUGGGACAGACGGGGAGGAGGAGUACCCUUACUACAGACGCCGCGGGCCCGGGCUUAGCCCAUGGUCCCCUUCAUAUUCCCGCUCCUUUUUAUAAAAAUGUUCAAUUAAAAAACACCUAUUUUGU